AUGCUUUCUGAGCAUUGUAUUUACUAAGGAAGGGAAGCAGUGUUUCCUUGCACAAUCCCUGAAAACUUACAUGUGCCACCGAGUAGCACCUGGUCAGUUUGUGAUAGCAGUGAAAUGAAACAACAAAAGGGUGGCAACUUCCUUCCAGGCAAACAGCUCCCUGGAAAAUUCCUUAGGUUAAGAUUUUUCCCGAGGCCCCUUACCUAUAUUGCCUGUCAGGAAGGACAUGCAUUUUGUAUUCCAAGAUUCUUAGUAACAGGCAGGGCACCCCCUAGCAGGGAUUAUAUGAAAGGGAAAGAAGCUAUCACUAUCCAGUUAGGUCCCUCACCCACCGAGCCCCUCCUACCUCAGCAACUCAGUCCACAUGGGUUUUUCCAUUUUAUUUUCCUCUUCUUCCUUGAUCAAAUCAUGUCCAAAGCCACCUGCCUCUUUGGAAAGGGUAUGUUGUACAAAUUCAUCUCUGGAAUGAUUUCAGUAAAAGGUUCAGUUCAAUGCUGAGACAACCUCAAGACUGGUUUCUUCGAAUGGGGGUCUCGCCUGGACUGCUCAACACACCCUCGUCACUCAGGUCAUCUACUUACAGUGGCUCAGAUGUAAAGCCCCCCUUCCUCCACCAGUUCUUCUUAGUCUUUUAGAUCUAGGAAACCCCUUCUUUAGAGGCUAUAAAAGACUAGAGCUCAGGGGGAAAAAUGUCUCAAAGUACAGAAAAGUUGGCUAAACCCUAUGGAACCCAAGGCCAGUUGUAAAGAAUCAGUCAGCAGAGAUGAGAGGACUUUUCAACAACCCACUGAAGGAGAAUUUGGCUGUCAGAGUUAGGGAAGAAAAACCCUGUGGAAUCUUAACAUUUUCAAGGUAUGAGGGAGCUUAAAGGGCCUCAAGUCUGAUAUUUUUACUUUGUAGAGUAGCGAAUAGAGCCUAUGAAGGUAAGAAAAUUACCCUUGGUUUCUCAGAAGCAGUUGCCAGAACCCAGGUCUCCACCCAGCUGCCCAGAGCCUGUAAUUCACAGAGGAAUUUGGCACAUUACAUUCUGGAGGCAUUCACUUUCCUAUUUCAAAAGGGAAAAUCAGGCUAUGAAUGCUUUCAGUAUUGAUACCUUCUUAGUUUCUAUAGUUAUGGCCUGGAAAGAAUUGUCCAGUAUUCAGUUAGGUUAUUACGGAACUGGUCUGUCCAGCCUUGGGAUUUUUCUUAACUCUAUAAAAGUUACAUUGGCUUUUAAGACGUUUGCUUGACUUUCAUCAUAGCCAAGAGGAGUCAGCUUGAAAAUCCAGACACACAUGCAUUGAGUGCAUCAUGUUUCUCAUGAUACAGCCUUUUUUUUUUUUUUUUAAGAAAUUAUACUUAUUCUGCUGGGCUAUGAAAAGAAUAAAAAACUCUAGGAAGGGAGGUGCCUUAGUGUCUGUGCUUCUAAAUUGCAGCCUGAGGGCAACAGUACUGUAUACCCCAACCCGUCAUACAGGUUUGGUGUACAUGUUUACUCUCUGUGGUGGAAAAGUAUCUCUGCAUUCAUCAUCGUAAACCGUGCCUGUGAGUGCCUUGAAAUCUUUCUAAAACCCCAAAGAGGACUGACCAGUUUAUGACUCUUCCUUUCCAGCCUAUAGAACUUUAGCAGCAUGUUUAAGUAGGAGAAGUGCAAGACGUUCUUGUAGGACUUCUCCAUGUUCUAGGAGAAAGGCUUCCUCUAGCUCUAACUGAUAGGUUGCAACACUUGAAGACCCGAGACAUUUUGGAGUUGAAAUUUAUAUAUUAAGGCAACAGAGUGUUUUGGAGUUGGAACUUCCAGAAACUCUGCUGAAAAGACCUUAUUUUCUAAGGAUAAAUUUCAGCACAUUUGGAGCAAGUAAAAUUGCAGAAAAUGUCAAGGCAUGAAAUCCCAGGUAAAAAGAUGGCCUAUCAGAAGGUGAAUGCAGAUCAAAGAGCACCAGGGCAUUCACAGUACUUAGACAAUGAUGACCUUCAAGCCACUGCCCUAGACUUAGAAUGGGACAUGGAAAAGGAACUGGAGGAGCCUGGUUUUGACCAGUUCCAACUAGAUAGUGCUGAGAAUCAGAACCUGGAGAACCCAGAGACUGCAGAUCUCAAUCUUGAUUCCAUUCAACCAGCAACUUCACCCAAAGGAAGGUUUCAGAGACUUCAAGAAGAGUCUGACUAUGUUACCCGUUACACAAGAUCUGCACCAAAGAGCAACCCCUGCAACUUUUGCCGCCUUUUAAAAGUACUUUGCACAGCCAUCAUUUUAUUUAUUUCGGGGAUUUUGAUAGGCUAUUAUGCACAUAAAAAAUGUCCUUCAAAUGCUACAUCUUCAGCAACGCUUGAUCUUCAGUUAUACCAAGAGAUUCUCGAGACAAUCCAAGCAGAAGAUAUUAAGAAGUCUUUCAGAAAUUUGGUACAACUGUAUAAAAGUGAAGAUGACACAGAAAUUUCAAAGAAGAUUAAGACCCACUGGACUUCUUUGGGCCUAGAAGAUGUACAGUUUGCAAAUUACUCUGUGCUGCUUAAUCUGGCAGGCCCUUCUGCCAGCUCCGUGACUCUGCGCAGCAGCGGCCAAUGCUUUCAUCCUAAUGGCCAGCCCUGCAGCGAAGAAGCCAGAACCCAUAGCAGCCAAGAUCUGCUCUACUCAUAUGCAGCCUACUCUGCCAAAGGAACUCUCGAGGCUGAAGUUAUCGAUGUGAGUUAUGGAAAUGCAGAUAAUUUAAAAAGGAUUCAAAAAAUGAAAAAUACAACGAAUCGGAUUGCACUCCUGAAAUUAGGAAAAUUGCCAUUACUUUAUAAGCUUUCCUUAUUAGAAAAGGCUGGAUUUGGUGGUGUUCUUCUAUAUAUUGACCCUUGUGAUUUACCAAAGACUGCAAAUCUUAGCCAUGAUACCUUCAUGGUGUCACUGAACCCAGGAGGGGACCCUUCAACGCCUGGUUAUCCAAGUGUGGAUGGAAGCUUUAGACAGAACCGAUCAAACCUCACGUCUCUGCUAGUUCAGCCCAUCUCGGCGUCUCUCGUUGAGAAACUGAUCUCUUCUCCAAACAGCAGAACCCAAACUGGUGUCUGUAGCCCUCUAGAACUUCCAAAUAACGAUGAAAGAAUUGUCAACAUGCAAGUUCAGACAGUUACAGAAUUCAAAACAGUGACUAAUGUUGUUGGAUAUUUAAAGGGCUUGACAUCUCCAGACCGGUAUAUCAUAGUUGGCAGCCACCAUCAAAGUGCAUACGGUUCUUAUGGACAAGAAUGGGCCAGCAGCACUGCUGUAAUCACUGCUUUUAUCCGGGCCUUGAUGUUAAAAGUUAAGAAAGGGUGGAGACCAGACCGCACGAUUGUUUUCUGUUCAUGGGGAGGAACAGCUUUUGGCAAUAUUGGCUCAUAUGAAUGGGGAGAGGAUUUCAGGAAAGUUCUACAGAGAAAUGUCGUGGCUUAUGUUAGUCUCCAUAGUCCCAUAAGGGGUAACUCAAGUCUACAUUCCAUAGCCUCACCAUCUCUUCGGCAACUGGUAAUAGAGAAAAAUCAUUUCAACUGUUCCAGAAGAGCUAACUGCCAAGAAACUAACGUCAGUUCCGUACAGAUACAAGGUGAUGCUGAUUAUUUCAUCAACCAUCUUGGAGUUCCCACCGUGCAGUUUGCCUUUGAGGACAUCAAAGCAUUAGAGGGUCCAAGUUUUCUCUCUGAGGCCCUUUUCCCUAAACGUGCAAGAAAAAUUGAAGAAAUGGAUCCUUUUUUCAACCUUCAUGAAGCCAUUACCAAGCUCUCAGGAGAAGUGAUUUUGCAAAUUGCCAAUGAACCAGUUCUGCCCUUUAAUGCUCUCGAUGUAGCUUUAGAAGUUCAAAACAGCCUUAAAGGUGAUCAACCCAACACUCAACUGCUAGCUCUGGCCUCACGCCUGCGGGAGAGUGCUGAACUCUUCCAGUCAGAUGAGAUGCGUCCUGCUAAUGAUCCCAAGGAAAGAAUGCCCAUCCGUGUCCGAAUGCUGAAUGACAUUCUCCAAGACAUGGAGAAAAACUUCCUGGUACAGCAAGUGCCACCAGGUUUUUAUAGAAAUAUCCUGUACCACCUUGAUGAGAAGACAAGCCAGUUUUCAAUCCUCCUGGAGGCACAGGAGCGCUGCCAGUUACUUGCCUCAAAUGAGAGCCUUCAAGAAGCCCUGUCCGAGGUGCUGAACAGCAUUAAUUCAGCUCAGGUUUACUUCAAAGCAGGACUUGAUGUGUUCGAGGAUGUCUUGGCUGGAAAGAACUGAGUAAACUCUCAGCAUUUUAAAAAGUUUGUUUACAAUUCCUCAAGCAAAAUCUCUAAUCUAACCGGAUUUUCUGACAUUGAAGACUUUCCCCCCAGUGACUUUUUAUACAAGUCUAAAGCUAUUAUUAUGACAUCGUGUUUUUAAAUGUACAUAUAAAAGAGCAUUUUGCACAUUUAAUAUUUUCUUAUAUCGACAUCUCUGAAUAUGUCAAAGCAAGUUAUUGAAAUAAUCCUUAAGAUUUAUCUAUUAAAAAGAAAUCUGCUGUAUUUUUGUAUAUAUAAAAUAUGUGGGGGGAAAGUUCUAAGAUGUUCUGGACAAUCUUCACUCCUAGGGAUAAAACAUAUAGGAAUGGAAGUUAAAACAUAUAGGAAUGGAAGCUAUUAAUGACCUAGUUUCUGAAUAGAAAUGGAGAGUUGAUAUGAUUUCAGAUUAACUUCACCUAGUAAGUAUUCAAUAUGAAGAAUUCAAGUAUUCCGACUGACUGAUUGGUCGACCAAAACCACUUUGAAUGUUUCUAUUUUAUGAAAUGAAGUGCCUGUUCGUAAUACAACUAGAUGUAGUAAUACACUGGUUAUGAAAUUGUAUUUUUUAAGUAUUAAUGAAAAAAAGAGCCAUAAACAUUCCAGGGGAAAAUCUCAAAGUAGCUGCACAGAGCAAUUUAAAUGCAAAUUUUUUCCUAACAACUUAUAAGGUGACUAGCUUUGAAACCCCUAAUUUGCUUCAGUUGAUUUUGUACAAAUUUCAGGAGUGAUAUAUGUCUUAUGAGGGAGAAAAUAUUUCUGAUUUCUUCUUCUGUUGGUUCUGUUGGAAGCACUGAAACCCAGCUACUCUAAAAUGAAAGCAUUUUGCAUCGCUAUUCCUUCUUGUAUUUUUUUCUGAACCUCCUUCCUGUAAGGCGGUUUUAACAGAAAACCAUGUAAUUUCCACAGGAAAGUAGCAAAGUUUCUCUUUGAAAACCCAAACUAUCUUGAAAAGCAUCAAAUUGCUAUUUCUGCCACUGACAAAAAGGACUUACAAUGAAAGAAAUAGUUGUUUGAUCAAUGGAAAACUUCUUAAUUCUGUGAAGAGGCUUUUGAUAUUUUUCCUUCUUUAUCCUUCAUUGUGACUAAGAUGAAAGUGUAGCAAAUAUUCAUGCUUCUAAUUUUAUGCAGAAAAUACAGUGUUACUACAAGAGUGUGUCUUUCCCACACUUCAGUUUUCUCCUGUGGAAAAUGAAGUUUUUCAUACUGACAUUGUCAUGAAAUGGCCCCAGCAUCCACUGUUUCCUCAAAAGCCCAACAUUCUGUCUGUUCAGUGACAGUUUGAACUUUGAGCUUUAUCCUUAGAAAUGUUCUUUUGGUAUUGAAUAAAGCAAUUCCCCUUAGGAAAUGUACCCUCAGUAUAUUUUAUGUGAAUUGUCUCCACCUAACACAACACCCAGACACACUUCCCUUUGUAGAUACUCCACCAGAGCAACAUUACAGCCAAUGCUUGUAUGUCAAAGUCUCCAGUUUUUAUGGAUAAGUGUAAACCUACUCUUGGUUUAAAGAAAAGCCACAGCUGAGGGAAAAGAAUUAAUCAGUAUUGAUUAAUUGAUUUAUAAGGGUCAGCUGUUCCUAUCAUACAUAAUGUUGAUAUGCUCAAGGCAAAGAGGAGAGUUGAUGCAAUUAGCUGGAUAAUUCAAGCAGAAAUCCAUUUUCCUAUGAAUUGCCUGUGUGCGCAUAUUUCUAAGUGACAAAUGAAACUACCUUACACCUUUUUUUUGAAACCAGUGUGCUUGUUUGAAAAUAUCUCCUAUGUUGAGGAGUAUCUACAAGGAAAAGCUAAGAGGAUCAGCUUCUUGCGUGCCUCAGUGUCAGUGUCCUGAUUUCUCUUCCACAGAAAUCAAUAGCAGAACAGAGGGGAAAGACACACACAAACACUGUUCAGGGCCAAAUAAGAGAAUGCUUUCUACCCAAGGAUCCUCCAUAUUUAAUCAAGCUUUCAUGUGUUCCUUCUAGUUCUUUGUUAUAGUUGAAGUUAAUGUAAACCAAAAGACAUUUUGAAGAUGGAGCUGAAUUUAAGGCAAGCAAAAGCAAAUAAUCAUUAGUUUGGUAGUUUAUCAUUUGAAAACAAAAUCCUAAGGAAACUCACUCCCUUAGUUGGUAAGACUGUCGAGAGCACAAAACACAUGUUUGUACGUUUUGUCUAAAGAUUGUAUACCUACGUAAACCACAUUGCAUAGAUAAAAAUCUCAAUAUUAUGUAUUCUCCCUUCUAGAUUAUAUAUUUGCUAUUUGAAAAAGAAGCUAAAAUUAACUAUGUACUAGUGUGUUUUUAUUAGUCUAUUUAAGAGAUUAUGUGAAGAAAGUAAAUUAUAAUUAAAACGGAUGUCCACUAAUUCUAUAGAUGCUGCUUUAGAUCUUCGACUACAACAAACCUCUUAACUAGAACAUCACUGCUAUGGUGUUCCUCUAAAUUUAUAUCAUUUUAAUUUUUUUUCCUUAACAAAUCCAAGUAAAUAAAAUCCUAUGCAAAUUAAUUACAAGUGUUUUUGGUGAAUUGAUAGUAGGUUCAAACUGUUGCGGAGAUAUCUGGGUGGCUGGUAUUUCUCGCAAUCCUUCGCUUAUAGAAUGGUGCCAGGGCACAAUGAGUCACAAAUGGUUACUCUCCCAAGAAAAUAUGGCAUACAUUCACCACUUAAAUUUGGGUUCAAGAAAGGUAUGCGUGGGCUACUGCCCUUUUUGGAAAAGCGGAGGGUGCAUGAAAAGAAAGCCUGAGACAUUCUGUCUAAGCACUAGGGAAUUACCUUUAGCCAGGGAAAGCAAUGUCACUCUCAUCAGAGGCAGUGCGUGAAGCCAGUGAUUAGCAACAUAAUAUAGUCCAUGGGUUAGUUAGUAGCAAAAACACUAAACUAAAAAAUACUGGAAUUUAAGUUUCUCUGCUUUUUCAUGCAAUAUGUCUAGUUCUCUCCCUGAGGUGCGAGGGCUACAAAUGUGUUUUGUUUUUUUGUUUUGUUUUGUUUUUCCAGUGUGUUUUAUGUAACUAGCAAUUUAACCAGAGGCUAUAUGGGAUGGAAUCACUGCUUUUAAUUAACGGUUCGUUCAUUCUAUGACUGUAGACGGAACUGUCUAUAGUUCCCUGUCCCCACAGGGAACCCAGGAAAAGGACACCAAGACUGGGUACUUGGGAGAAAUGGAGAGAGUCUCUACAUGACACCAGGAAGGAGAACAUUGAGUAAAAUGCUUCUAAGAGAGGACGUUUUAGCUUUGUAUUAAAUCAGCAGUCUAAAUCAGUAUUUCCCAAAAUAUGGAUUUGGAGGAGUAAGGCCUAGGAAUGCUCAUCUUUAGCAAGAUUGCUCAGAUAAUAUUCAAGUACAAUGAAUUUUAAGUUUAAGAACCUCUAAUCUACACUGAUCCUGGGUCUUGAGAAACAUUACUUGGUAAUAUAUGCAAAUAAAAUAAAGAGUCACGAUAACAGGAAGGACCCCAAACUUUGCUGUUAAUGGCACCA